AUGGCAACCAAUGGCCCCACGGCAACCAUACAAGUCACCACCAGCACCACGAUACGGGAUGAGGUCACAAACAGCAGCAAAAUGCCUCCAGCCAUCACCACCAACACCACCGUGCCAGGAGUGUCCAACAGCACCACGGCACCACCAACAGCCACUGGUAAUGCCAUCACGCCCAUAUUGACCAGCACAAACCCUUGCAAGGUAGAAAUCAAUGCUACCACCAUGCCCACAGCAGAAACAGACACCACUGUGCCACGUACAGAGAACCACCCGCCUCCUUUGUCUCCAAAGCGGGAGGCAAUCUCUGUCUCCUCUGGUACCGCUGCAUCAACCAACCACACCAUGGCAACCGAUGGCCCCACGGCAACCAUACAAGUCACCACCAGCACCACGAUACGGGAUGAGGUCACCAACAGCAGCAAAAUGCCUCCAGCCAUCACCACCAACACCACCGUGCCAGAAGUGUCCAACAGCACCACGGCACCACCAACAGCCACUGCCACCAGCACCACUGCACCAGCCAACCUCAACACAGCACCGCUGACAGUUACUGAUGGCCCCAUGGCAACCGUACAAGUCACCGACAGCACCGUGGCACCGAAUGAGGUCACCAUCACCACCCAGACGCCUCCGGCCAUCACCAACACCACCGCACCGGAAACGUCUAAGGUGACCCUGUCGCCACCAGCAGUCACCAGCAACGCUGCCACAUCCGCCCCGACCAACACCAACCCCUCCUGGGCACGAGACACUGCCACCACCAUAUCGGCAGCGGGAACAGGCUCCACUGCACCAGCCUCUGGUACCGCUGCAUCAGCCAACCACACCAUGGCAACCAAUGGCACCACGGCAACCAUACAAGUCACCACCAGCACCACGAUACGGGAUGAGGUCACCAACAGCAGCAAAAUACCUCCAGCCAUCACCACCAACACCACCGUGCCAGGAGUGUCCAACAGCACCACGGCACCACCAACAGCCACUGGUAAUGCCAUCACGCCCAUAUUGACCAACACCAACCCUUGCAAGGUACAGCCUCCACCACGCAAGAUCCAGGAAAGCAACCGCUGA